AUGUUAAAUCUUCAACUUUCCAAAUAUAAUGGAUUACUGAGUAAUUGCUCGAACCUUUUAAUUGUCAAACGAUUUAAGAGUCAUAUAAAUUCUGUAUCAAUAUUACAGCAAUUUUACAAUAGGUUGCCAAUUCGUAAAAAGUAUAUAAAAGCAAUAAAAAAGGGAACCUUGAUUUGGGACAAAGGCCAAGUAAAAAUACCUCCCUUAAAAAUAGAAGGAUAUGAUCCACCAAAGAAAUGUUUAUCCCCUUUAACAAAAAAUAGAAAUAAUCAAUACCGAGGAAAUUUUCAAAACCUUAAAGCUCAUCGAGUGGAAUUCCAAGACUGA